GGACCAAUGCGUGGAUAAUUAUGGUGCUGAUAUUUUUCCCUAAAAAAAAGAUGUCAGCCCCUGGCUGUAGUAUUCCUCUUUAAAAUCCCUCUCUGAAAAUGUCAUGUCCCAACAAUGUGACUUCUAACUCGUUUUUGAUGGACUCGUUAGCCGGUACCUGCAGAGGGGAGAAUUAUUCCUCUAACCAAGGAAUGUAUAUGCAAUCUGGGAACGACUUCAACUGUGGAAUGAUGAGGAACUGUGGAAUUAUCCCGUCUCUUUCCAAAAGAGACGAUGUGAAUAACGCCAGCCUGUCUCUCAACUCCUAUCCAUCUUACCUUUCUCAGCUAGACACCUGGUGUGACCCCAAAAAUACUUACCGAAUCGAACAACCUGUUGCGAGACAACUCCCCUCCUGCUCUUUCCCAACCAAUGUCAAGGAAGAAAAUGCUUGCUGUAUGUACAAUGCUGACAAAAGAGCCAAAAACGCCACUGAGGCGACCCUCUACCCCAAUCAGAUGCCUGAACCUUGCCUAAAUGACCAUGAAGUCCCCGUGCCCAGCUACUACCGAGCCAGCCAAGGUUAUUCCUCCAUGGAAAAGGCGUCAAACUGCAGCAACCCAAGCGAGUUUGAGGCAAGUUUUGAACCCAGGGCGAGCCUCAGCCAAAGGAGUGAGCAUCUUGAGCAACCACCACAACCACCACAACCACCUCCUCCUCCUCCACCUCCUCCACCACCAGCUCAGCAACCACAGCAGCAGCAACCGCCACCGCCACCACUGUCCCAACCAGGAGCUAAAGUCAGCUUCCCUGACAACACGAAGUCUGAUAACCCUCAGAACACGUCCGCCAACGAAAUUAAAACAGAAAAAAGUCUCCCCGCUGCCAAAAUCAGUUCGUCGGAAACGGAGAAGGACGUGAAUAAAUGCACAGACACCAGUACUGACAAUUCUGACAACGAAGCAAAAGAGGAUAUAAAGGCAGAAAACACUACAGGAAAUUGGCUGACAGCAAAGAGCGGAAGAAAGAAAAGAUGUCCUUACACUAAACACCAGACGUUGGAACUGGAGAAAGAAUUCUUAUUCAAUAUGUACUUGACCCGUGAGCGCCGCCUGGAGAUUAGCAAGAGUAUUAAUCUAACAGACAGACAAGUCAAAAUCUGGUUUCAGAACCGCAGGAUGAAACUCAAGAAAAUGAACAGAGAGAAUCGAAUUCGCGAACUGACUUCCAAUUUUAAUUUCACUUGAAAAUGUUCAAUAAAGGGAAGGGACAGGGGUGGGAAUCAUUACAAAUCUUGUGCAGUAUUCUUUUUUAAUUUUUUCCCCUGGGUAUAAAUGCAAUGCGUAUGGGAGGGAGGGAGAGAAAGAGAGAGAGAUAGAGAGAGAGAGAUAAUAAUAAUAAUAAUAAUCAAGACCUCAGGCUAGUGUGCAGUUCUAUGAUUUGGGUAUUUACAGUUUGUAGAGCGAAGGCGCAUCCAUCGGUAUAAGCAUGAGAAUAUAUAUAUAUAUUGCAUCAAUGUUUCUAUGUAAAAUAAAGAGUAAGGCGGUUGCUAAAAAAACAGCUUCUAAGAUGUUUAAGUUAUUCACGAGCAGCACAAAGGAAAGGAAAGGGGAAAACACUGAAGGACCUAUUUCUAUUGCCUUUUUAUGUUUAGGGGACUAGGUGCGUCUGAAAGUUUGCUUUUCAUAUCCUAGGUGUAGCCUGCCUAUUGUAUAAUAAAGAUAAUGGCUAAAAUGAAUUGCAUUAUGUGUCUGUACAUGGAAGUGGCAGUGAGAACAUGCUCACAUUGUAUAGUAAUACAUUCUCCUUCCAAUGAGCUGGUACUAUCGACCAUUAUAUUUAAGAAAAGAAAAUAAUAAAGGAGUAUUGAUAUCUUAUAAUGGGGGGAGACGUCUGGGGUUUUCCUUUUGUGACUGUUAUUUAAAUAUAUUCUGUAUGUGGUAUCCUUUGCAUGUAUCUUCCUUUAUGGAGCCAAAUAAAUUUCUUAGAACCGUGUACAACUGGGUAUUUUUCAAAGUGACCCCACCACCACCAAAAGAAGCACGCUCCCCCCUCUUCUAUUUCUCUAUGUAGAGUAUUUUUUCCCCAGGACUCAUCCUUUUAAGGCUUUCAGGAGAGUAUCCUAGCGGGUUUAAUAUAAGUGAGAGACCAUAACGUUGAUUUAAAUAUUAUCCAGGUGACCACAAUAAGUCAAGGUCAUAAAACAGUAAUGUCAGGACAGUCUUGGUAAGCGCUGGAGGUGGAUUUUAUGAUCUGCAAAUAUAAUGUGCUGCAGCAGUAAAAGAUGCAUUUAAAGGUGACUGUGGAGGAGGGAAGCAAGUCAGAAGCAGAGCAGCAUUCUUGGGAUGCAGACUCCUCAUGGCAUUGGGUCUUUUUUUUCUUUUUUCUUUUUUCUUUUUAAAGGAAAGGCACGCUCCUUUUGCCUCCUCUGGAAGAGAUCCCUCUAUUUAAAUAAAAAAAGGAAUACACUUUUUUUAUUAAAACAAAACAAAACACCAGCCUCUCACAUAACAUCAUCAACAACAAACACCGAGAAUGGGGUGUCACGGUGGAAGACGUGCAAAGGAACAUCCGUGUGUAUCACAAGGGCAGCACUUCUACCAAGACAUUCCUUUGCAUCCUUGGAUCCCUGACUGGGAAAAAAAAAGGAUGACGUUCCUGGAUGGGAGCUUACAUCACUCAAAAGAUUGGCCUGGGAACUCAACUACAGAACUGGACUUCUCAAUGAGGAAUAAUUCUAUAUAAGUACUUUAUAAGCAAACCUGGAGCUGUAGAUGGUCACUUGGAUAUGAAGCAGAAGAUUCAGUACGGGUCAGUCAUCCUGAAACAGGCAUUUUUGGGAUAAUACUUAAGAGUUGUUUAUGUACGUAAUGUUUCUACUUUUGUAUAUAUGAUAGCUAACCCUAGGGAAGAUUUAGUAAAAUUUAAUAUCAUCCAUUGUCAAAAGGGUGCCAUGUGAACUGGAUGUGUACAACACUGCUUUUGUACACCCCCUUUAUCCUGUGCAUUGUUCCUUGUAUUAUGUUGUUGUUAUGGCUACAGCUAAGAUAAUAAACUUGUAAUGAACUUGGCAUAGAAUUUACAACCUUGUUGAAUUCGAAAAACAGUGGGAUGAACAGCGAGAUCUCAGCACCAGGCUGCAGGAGCACUUCAGCGGGUGGUGAAAUGGGAUGAUGUUUGUGAUGUGGGUUAUGCUUUGUGAACAUUUCAGAGCAGCUGAACGACCAUCUUCUGCAUGUGGUAUAUUUUAAGUAUGCCCUCCUUUCAUUAACACUACUGAUGUAUGUCUUUGGGAGGCUUGAUAGUUGUUGAAAUCUCACACAUACCAGAAUACAUCAAUCAUUGGCAGGAACUAAGAAGCCAAUAAGACACUCUAGCUUAUAGAGUCCAUGCGCCAGAAUGACCAUCCUAGCCUACAUUUCUGUCUGUGCAGUUGUUAGCAGGUUUGACUUUACCAAAAUGAGGCAUGAAGUGAUUGCUUUAGGCUAGUACAGGGGUGACCAACUCCAAAGAAACUGUGAUCUACUCACAAAGUUAAAAACUGGCAGUGAUCUACCCCCUCACUUUUUAGGGGUUCAGGUCAAAGUUGAGAUUUUUUAGGAAGGAGGAAGGCCCAUUUUUGGGGGUUCAGGUCAGAGUUGUUGAGCUUUUCUGAGGUGGGGGGAAAGCCCUCUUUGGGGGGGGGGAAGAAGGGCUAAAAUGCUGAGCAUUUUUUAGGGGAGCCAAAGUUGUUGAGCUGCUUUGGGGGGAGCCAGUGAUCUACCAGUGAUCUACCACAGAUGUCCAGUGAUCUACCAGUAGAUCACGGUUUACCUGUUGGACGUGCCUAGGCUAGUAGAUUCCUCCCUCCAGCCUUCAUGUCUAUGUGUCAAUCUUUUUUCUUUAAGGAUGUCAUUCUGAACUUUUGCUUCAGUUGUGAAAAUAUCAAAGUUUGGUGCUGUGUGCUGAGUUCACAGCAUGCACACAAGUUGGGUUGUGUUUGGCUCACUGCUCCUCAGCCCACAACGAGAGCAGCACAUAACCACUGGCUGAGUUUCAGUUUCUGGCAAGGCCAGUGUGGCCACACUCUGCGGGUGCUGGAUGAAAAGUCAUUGUGCUGAAUUGCUUGUGCAAAUAGAUGUUAGAUGUGUGUGUCUCAGAUUCUCUGUCGAUGAAAUGUUGUUAUUACUUAUGGGCAAGCCAUUAUUUUCCUGAAACAUCUUGAAAUAUUUGCAUUGUUUUGCCAACUUGUUGUUCAUUGGCAACAUCCAACUGAAAUCACUGGCAAUAUUUGCAUUGCUUUCCAUGAAUCUUAACUACAUCCUAGGGAUCUUUCACACUUUACACAGCAGCAACCCAAGUUUGCCCCCCAAAAUAGUCCGAAGAGCCCCAGUGAAUUAGAGAUGCCUGAUGGAUUUACCUUUGACAUACACAUGCUUGCUGAAUUCAACCAUUGCUUUUUAUAAAUGUACACUUAAAAGUUCUUCCAUGUUGCACCUUAAAAUAAUAAAAAAUACUAUGGACCCCAGAUAGUGUCUAAAAAAAUCGACGUGAGACCUCAUUUUCUUUCUGAUUCUCAUUUCUGAUCAAAGAUUGGACUGUAUGGUGUGAUGCUUGAAAGCUUAGUCAGUUUCACCAGCUGAAUUCUGUGCAGUAAUCUUCUGUUUCGGUCAUUCUCUGGGACUAAUGCUGUACUGCAUGAAAACACUGGAAUGACACAGAGGCAAAUUCUCUUAGGUGCUGGAGUCAAAACUCCCUAUGUUAGGUGAAGAAGGACACUCUACUCACCCAUUGACCCACUAUUUAUAAACUGGAAAUUUAACUAUUCCCUCUAUGGGUUUAUGCAUCUGUUAUCCAUUCCUAUCCAGUACUGUAGUAGCAAAAGAGUUAACUCCACAUGCACUAAAAAUAAUAAUAUAAGGUGUGGGGGUUGCAUGUUAAGGCACCUGCUUUAACAUCUGCACUGUGUAAGCAGGAAAUAUGUUCUACAGCCUUACAUAUUGUGAUUACUUACAGCUUAAAUAUCCAUGCACCCACAUUUUAGCAGGGUCUUUCAGUCCCAAUACUUUUAGUCACCAAGUCUGAAGGACACUGAUGUUCAGGUUACCAUGGGGGCAAUAGUCACCUAGUCAUACACAGACCCCAUGUUUUUUCUAUUUGCUUUCAUUGGGUUAGAGAGAAUAGCAUAGGUUUUUAAUCAAGAUCGGCUUCUAUGUAGAUCAGAUAUGAAAAAAUGUUUGUAUUUAACUUCCUAUAAAAUAAUCUGGGGAGGACUUUGGUGAUAUGUAGCGGGUGGACAGUUGUUGGGGAGCUAUUUUCUUUACUGUUUUUAUACAAAAUAAAUGUUUGUUUGUU